AGGCAAUAAAAGGUUACUGAUGGGAGAGCCACUUUUUUGAAGUUGAGGUUUUCUGGGCUGGCUGCCGCUAUGGAUGAGCAGCAAGCAUUGAAUUCAAUCAUGCAGGAUUUGGCAGUCCUCCAUAAGGCAAGUCGUCCUGUGUUGCCUCUACAAGAAACGGGCAAAGGGAAAUCAGCUUCACCAAAAAAACAGAAUGACAUCCGAGUCAAAUUUGAACAUCGAGGCGAAAGACGAAUUCUGCAGUUUACUAAACCAGUCAAGCUAGAAGAUCUUUCAUCAAAAGCUAAAGUUGCCUUUGGACAGCCAAUGAGUUUGCAUUACAGCAAUAAUGAGUUGGUGAUUCCAUUAACCACCCAGGAGGACUUGGACAAAGCUAUUGAGCUCCUCGAUCGUAGUGUUCACAUGAAAAGCCUCAAGAUAUUGCUUGUUGCCCACGGAAUUAUGCAGAGUAAUGUGGAGCCUUUGGCAUCAUUAGAAGACUUGGAUAAUACAGUAUUCAGAGUGACAGAAAGGAAAAGCAGGCUUUCUGUAAUAGGUUAUUAUGCUCGUGAUAGAAGCUCACCUCCUCCCGGAUACAUUCCAGAUGAGCUGCACCAGGUGGCCCGGAAUGGGUCAUUCACCAGUAUCAACAGUGAGGGAGAGUUCAUUCCAGAAAGUAUGGAUCAGAUGUUGGAUCCAUUAUCAUUGAGUAGUCCCGAAAACUCUGGCUCUGGAAGCUGCCCCUCUCUUGACAGUCCUUUAGAUGGAGACAAUUAUCCCAAAUCCCGAAUGCCAAGAGCACAAAGCUAUCCAGAUAACCACCAAGAAUUCUCAGACUACGAUCUCCCAAUAUUUGAGAAGUUUGGAAAAGGCGGAACUUACCCUCGAAGGUAUCAUAUUUCAUACCAUCACCAAGACUACAAUGAUGGCCGUAAAACUUUCCCAAGGGCUAGGAGGACCCAGGGAAACAGCCUACGAUCCCCAGUUAGUUUCAGCCCGACUGAUCACUCAUUGAGCACGAGCAGCGGGAGCAGCGUUUUCACUCCAGAAUAUGAGGAUGGCCGGAUGCGAAGAAGAGGAAGUGAUAUAGACAAUCCUACCCUCACCGUAAUGGAUAUCAGCCCUCCCAGUCGCUCCCCAAGAGCACCAACAAAUUGGAGACUUGGUAAGCUACUGGGCCAGGGUGCAUUUGGGAGAGUUUAUUUGUGCUAUGAUGCAGACACAGGACGAGAACUAGCUGUCAAACAAGUUCAGUUUGAUCCUGAUAGCCCAGAGACCAGCAAGGAAGUAAAUGCACUUGAAUGUGAGAUUCAGCUGCUGAAAAACCUACUGCACGAGAGGAUUGUUCAGUACUAUGGCUGCUUGAGGGACCCCCCAGAAAGAACACUUUCUAUAUUCAUGGAAUAUAUGCCAGGGGGCUCAAUCAAAGAUCAACUGAAGUCAUAUGGUGCACUCACGGAAAAUGUGACUCGAAAGUAUACGCGGCAGAUUUUGGAAGGAGUUCACUAUUUGCACAGUAACAUGAUUGUACAUAGAGAUAUUAAAGGAGCAAAUAUUCUACGGGAUUCCGCAGGAAAUGUCAAACUGGGUGAUUUUGGUGCCAGCAAGCGGCUGCAAACAAUUUGUCUGUCCGGCACAGGAAUGAAAUCUGCCACAGGGACUCCUUACUGGAUGAGCCCCGAAGUCAUCAGUGGAGAAGGGUACGGAAGGAAAGCAGAUAUCUGGAGUGUAGGCUGUACAGUGGUGGAAAUGCUCACGGAGAAACCACCCUGGGCAGAGUUUGAAGCCAUGGCUGCCAUCUUUAAAAUUGCCACCCAGCCAACCAAUCCCCAGCUGCCACCUCAUGUCUCAGAUCACGGCCGGGAUUUCCUAAAGCGUAUAUUUACUGAGGCCAAGUUGCGACCAUCCGCAGACGAACUGCUACGACACACAUUUGCACACUAUCACUGAUGGCCUGCCUCAACCCAGCUCUCACCUACUGCAUUUAGUUUCUGACUGCACUUUGGUUCUUUGGUUCUUUUCCACGGAGCUGAGAAAAGACAAUAGAGAACUUUUCUCUUGAUGGUUUAUUUUGUAUAGAGUGUCGUCUCUUCCUUUAUUUCAGAAUGCAUAUCGUGUUCUCCAUUUAGAGCUAGGAUCUUUUUUUUUUCCUUUCAGCAGUGUACUGAUGUGGUUCACGUUAAGCACUUUAGUACAUAUUCGUUCCUGAUUUAAGAUGGGGAGACAAAUAGUUUGGACUGUCAGGAAUUGUGUAAUUUUUUUUUUCCCGAGCCUCGCUGAUUAAGAUUGCCGAGGAAAUAUACAAGUCGCUAGCAGAUGGAAGAGGAGGAAAAUGUGUGUAAUUGUUCUUUCUAGUAUGUCGGUAGUUACCGUAAGGGGUUUUGGUUGUGUUUCAGUUCCUAAUUCAGUCUUUCAUCCGUGGAAAGAGACACAUAAAGCUGAAAAAAAAAAACUCAGGCUGCUGGGCAAGGUGUACUGUGGAAAUGACAUCAUCUUCCUAGCGUAUCACCUGCACUUCAAGUAAGCAUAUUAUUAUUUCUUCCUAAACAGGCAAGGAAGUCCCCGUGGCUGGCUAGUUCAAGGGUCAUGUAAGAGUUAAGAAGUUCUGAUG